CGGUGACUGAAGGAGGCGGGGAUGAGGGCGCUGGAGCGGGGCAGUCGCGGCGGCCCGGGUUGUUGACUGCGUUCCCGGAGCGGGAGCCGGCGGCGGCGGAGCGCCGGGCAGGGCCCGAUGGUUAUGAAUGUGCUUCAGUUUCAUAAUGCCUCCUGCUAUGGCAGACAUCCUUGACAUCUGGGCAGUGGAUUCACAGAUAGCAUCUGAUGGCUCCAUACCUGUGGAUUUCCUUUUGCCCACUGGGAUUUAUAUCCAGUUGGAGGUACCUCGGGAAGCCACCAUUUCUUAUAUUAAGCAGUUGUUAUGGAAGCAAGUUCACAAUUACCCAAUGUUUAACCUUCUUAUGGAAAUUGACUCCUAUAUGUUUGCAUGUGUGAAUCAAACUGCUGUAUAUGAAGAACUCGAAGAUGAAACACGAAGACUUUGUGAUGUUAGACCUUUUCUUCCAGUUCUCAAAUUAGUGACAAGAAGUUGUGACCCAGGGGAAAAAUUAGACUCAAAAAUUGGAGUCCUUAUAGGAAAAGGUUUGCAUGAAUUUGAUGCCUUGAAGGAUCCUGAAGUCAAUGAAUUUCGAAGAAAAAUGCGCAAAUUCAGUGAGGAAAAGAUUCAAUCGCUUGUAGGAUUGUCUUGGAUAGACUGGCUAAAGCAGACAUACCCACCGGAGCAUGACCCAUCAAGCCUUGAAAACUUAGAAGAUAAACUCUAUGGAGGAAAGCUCAUUGUGGCUGUUCAUUUUGAAAACUCUCAGGAUGUAUUUAGUUUUCAAGUGUCUCCUAAUAUGAAUCCUAUCAAAAUAAAUGAGUUGGCAAUCCAAAAACGUUUGACUAUUCACGGGAAGGAAGAUGAGGCCAGCCCCUAUGACUACGUGUUGCAAGUCAGUGGACGAGUGGAGUAUGUAUUUGGUGAUCACCCACUGAUUCAGUUCCAGUAUAUCCGGAAUUGUGUAAUGAACAGAACUUUGCCCCAUUUUAUACUUGUGGAAUGCUGCAAGAUCAAGAAAAUGUAUGAACAGGAGAUGAUUGCCAUAGAAGCUGCCAUAAAUCGAAAUUCAUCUAAUCUUCCUCUUCCUUUACCACCAAAGAAAACACGAAUUACUUCUCAUGUUUGGGAGAAUAAUAAUCCAUUCCAAAUUGUCUUAGUUAAAGGAAAUAAGCUUAACACAGAAGAAACUGUAAAAGUUCAUGUCAGAGCUGGUCUUUUUCACGGUACCGAGCUCCUGUGUAAAACCAUCGUAAGCUCAGAGAUAUCGGGGAAAAAUGAUCACAUUUGGAAUGAACCAUUGGAAUUUGAUAUUAAUACUUGUGACUUGCCAAGAAUGGCUCGAUUGUGUUUUGCUGUUUAUGCAGUUUUAGAUAAAGUGAAAACAAAGAAAUCAACUAAAACCAUUAAUCCCUCUAAAUAUCAGACCAUCAGGAAAGCUGGAAAAGUGCAUUAUCCUGUAGCCUGGGUAAAUACUAUGGUUUUUGACUUUAAAGGACAGUUGAGAUCUGGAGACAUAAUAUUGCACAGCUGGUCUUCAUUUCCUGAUGAACUCGAAGAAAUGUUGAAUCCAAUGGGAACCGUUCAGACAAAUCCAUACACUGAAAAUGCAACAGCUUUGCAUAUUAAAUUUCCAGAAAAUAAGAAACAACCUUAUUAUUACCCUCCCUUUGAUAAGAUUAUUGAAAAGGCAGCUGAGAUUGCAAGUAACGAUAGUGCUAAUGUAUCGAGUCGAGGUGGGAAAAAGUUUCUUGCAGUACUGAAAGAAAUCUUGGACAGAGAUCCAUUGUCCCAGCUGUGUGAGAAUGAAAUGGAUCUUAUUUGGACUUUGCGACAAGACUGCAGAGAGAACUUCCCACAGUCACUGCCAAAAUUACUCCUAUCAAUCAAGUGGAAUAAACUUGAGGAUGUUGCUCAGCUUCAAGCGCUGCUUCAGAUUUGGCCUAAAUUGCCCCCUCGGGAGGCUUUGGAGCUUCUGGAUUUCAACUACCCAGACCAGUAUGUGCGGGAAUAUGCUGUGGGCUGCCUUCGGCAGAUGAGUGAUGAAGAACUCUCGCAGUACCUUUUACAACUGGUGCAAGUUUUAAAAUAUGAGCCAUUUCUUGAUUGUGCCUUGUCUAGAUUCCUAUUAGAAAGAGCGCUUGCUAAUCGGCGGAUAGGGCAGUUUCUAUUUUGGCAUCUUAGGUCAGAAGUGCACAUUCCUGCUGUCUCAGUACAGUUUGGCGUCAUCCUUGAAGCAUACUGCAGGGGAAGUGUAGGGCACAUGAAAGUGCUUUCCAAACAGGUUGAAGCACUCAAUAAGUUAAAAACCUUAAAUAGUUUAAUAAAACUGAAUGCAGUGAAGCUAAACAGAGCCAAAGGGAAGGAGGCCAUGCACACCUGUUUAAAACAGAAUGCUUAUCGAGAAGCCCUCUCUGACCUGCAGUCACCCUUGAACCCAUGUGUCAUCCUCUCAGAACUCUAUGUUGAAAAGUGCAAAUACAUGGAUUCUAAAAUGAAGCCUUUGUGGCUGGUAUACAACAACAAGGUAUUUGGUGAGGAUUCGGUUGGAGUGAUUUUUAAAAAUGGUGAUGAUUUACGACAGGAUAUGUUGACACUUCAGAUGCUGCGCUUGAUGGAUUUACUCUGGAAAGAAGCUGGUCUGGAUCUUCGGAUGCUGCCUUAUGGCUGUUUAGCAACAGGAGAUCGCUCUGGCCUCAUUGAAGUUGUGAGCACCUCUGAAACAAUCGCUGACAUUCAGCUGAACAGUAGCAAUGUGGCUGCUGCAGCAGCCUUCAACAAAGACGCCCUUCUGAACUGGCUUAAAGAGUACAAUUCUGGGGAUGACCUGGACCGAGCCAUUGAGGAGUUUACCCUGUCCUGUGCUGGCUACUGUGUAGCCUCUUACGUCCUCGGGAUUGGUGACAGACACAGUGACAACAUCAUGGUCAAAAAAACUGGCCAGCUCUUCCACAUUGACUUUGGACAUAUUCUUGGAAAUUUCAAAUCUAAGUUUGGCAUUAAAAGGGAGCGAGUGCCUUUUAUACUUACUUAUGAUUUUAUUCAUGUUAUUCAACAAGGAAAAACAGGAAACACAGAAAAGUUUGGCCGGUUCCGCCAGUGCUGUGAGGACGCAUAUCUCAUCUUACGACGGCACGGGAAUCUCUUCAUCACACUCUUUGCACUGAUGUUGACAGCAGGGCUUCCUGAGCUCACCUCAGUCAAGGAUAUACAGUAUCUGAAGGACUCUCUUGCCUUAGGAAAGAGUGAAGAAGAAGCACUCAAACAAUUUAAGCAGAAAUUUGAUGAGGCGCUCAGGGAAAGCUGGACUACUAAAGUGAACUGGAUGGCCCACACAGUUCGCAAAGACUACCGAUCUUAACGAUCAGCCUUUGGUUUUGUUUCGUUUUCAUUUUGCACUUGCACUAAAUUGAACCCUACCCCGCCAGAGAUGUUAUAAAGGGAAUGAAAUCCUGACACUGAGUGAAAGUAAUAACAAGACACUGCACAGAACCUAAUCUGAACAGUCCCUGACGACUGCCUCUGCUUCCCGCUUCCAAGACUCCUCGUGAAAACUGUCAGCGUCACGGAUAAUCAUUGCCUGCUGACCUUGCACGCCAAGGAAUGCUAUAGGGGUUGUCUUCUGUGUCUUUUUUUUUUUAAGUGUUUGGUACUUUCCCAGAAAGGUGUAAAUACUUCUUUUUUGAAUGUUAUGACCAAGUAUUAUCACUCAGCCAGCAACUUAUCCACUCCUGGGAGCUGGGAGCUAUUCUUUUUUCCAAAUGAGGCUUAAAGAUAUCUUUUCUUCCCUUUUUAAAUUAUGUAAAUUACAAAUUAUAAUAUAAUUUGAAAUUAUGAUUAUUUUUCAAGAGACAUCUUUUAAACCUGUGAAAACUCAUUAAUUUUUUUGUUGAUAUUUAUCUACCAUAAUGGCAUCAUUCCAGCCAGACUUGCUGAAAUCUACUGGUGAGGCAAAUAUAAUAUAUAUAUAAAUAUGCUGCAUAUAUAUAUUUAUAAAAUUUCUAGUCGGAGUUCUAUAUAAAAGGGUGUUUCUUUGGUAUUCUUCAACCUGUGUUUUAAAGUUUUACAAAAAGCAGAGCUUUUUCUUAAGUUACUUUUCAGUUAACUGUGUCAUCCAGUUCUUCCAGCUGCUUCUGUAAGGAGGCACAUAUUAAUACAGGUUUUAUAUGGUAUCUAUGAAAGAGUUCACUUCAUAGAACUUAAUACUUGAGCAGAUAUAUCCAAGAACGCGAGCAAAUGAAAAGCAACCUAUUUAUGGAAUAAACUCCAGAACUAAACUCAGUAUUUUAGUAAAAUGCCAGCUGUUCUUACUGUAUUUAUUAAAACUGGUAAUAAUGUGAUUUUUCAAGGAUAUUCAAAUUGAGGUGGCUUCAUGCCACAUGGAAAUCUAAUUUAUUUGUUGAGGUACCGUAUAUUGCGGGUGCUAGGUAGCAGGUGAUGUUAAUAUGUGCAAUAGGGACUGCUGGUUUGGAUUGUAAUGGACGUCCUUCCUGAGAACUGGCAACAUCCAGCAAGACUGCUGCUGACUCUCCAAAGAAUGUUGGGAGCUCCCGACCCUCAGUGACAUGGGAAAGACAACUGAGUAUUGCCUGGUGGUGGAGUUUUCUAUAGGCGUUUUAUUAAAGAGUGUUAAUUUUGUUGUCCUUCUUAAUGUUCUCAAAUAAAUGGGUGAGCUGGUUUCAGCUGUUCCUGGGAUGUGUGGGCCUCUUCUCCUUUUUGUUUUUUUUUUGGAUAAUGGUUGACAUUCCUCUAUCAUGUCAAAAACCUCACACAU